AUGGAGGGGAUCAGCAGGCACAGCCGGACGGGUCCGGGGGGAGCAGUGAAGGUCCUGGAAUGUGGUGUCUGUGAAGAUGUGUUCACACUACAAGGGGACAAGGUUCCACGAUUGUUGCUGUGCGGCCAUACUGUCUGCCACGACUGCUUGACACGCCUGCCACUGCAUGGAAGAGCAAUACGCUGCCCAUUUGACCGGCAAGUCACUGAACUAGGAGACUCUGGAGUAUGGGGUCUAAAGAAAAAUUUUGCUUUAUUGGAACUUCUUGAGCGGCUACAGAAUGGGGCUAGCGGUCAGUGCAGUUCUUCAGAGGAGUCUAUAGGAGGAUCUGGAGAGAGUAUAGUUCGCUGUGAUGAAGAUGAAGCCCACGUGGCCUCCGUAUACUGCACUGUAUGCGCCACUCACCUGUGUGCAGACUGCUCCCUGCACACCCAUUCUACAAAGACCCUGGCUAAACACACGGCGUGUUCGGCGUGUUCCCCUAGCCGACAAACCGUACGAGAAAACCUUGUGCUCCCAACAUCAAGUCCAUGCCAUUGAGUUUGUGUGCUUAGAAGAUGGCUGCCAGACCAGCCCCCUUAUGUGCUGUGUGUGCAAGGAGUAUGGGAAACACCAAGGACACAAGCAUGCUGUUCUGGAGUCGGAAGCCAGCCAGAUUCGUGCCUCCAUCUUGGAUAUGGCACAUUGCAUAAGGAGCUUCACUGAAGAGAUCUCCGAGUAUUCCCGGAAGCUAACGGGCAUCGUUCAGCAGAUUGAAGGUGGAGAGCAGAUUGUGGAAGAUGGCAUUGGCAUGGCACACACUGAACACGUUCCGGGAACAGCAGAAAAUGCCCGCUCUUGUGUUCGAGCCUAUUUUUCUGAUUUACAUGAAACCCUGUGCCGUCAGGAGGAAAUGGCGCUCAGUGUGGUGGAUGCACAUGUGAGAGAGCAGCUCAUCUGGCUGAGGCAGCAACAAGAAAACAUGACCAUCUUAUUGUCUGAGGUGUCCACUGCUUGUCUGCAUUGUGAGAAGGCUCUUCAGCAGGAUGACUGCAGAGUGGUUCUGGCCAAGCAAGAGAUCACCCGACUAUUAGAGACUCUUCAGAAACAACAGCAGCAGUUUACUGAGCUCGCAGAUCACAUCCAGCUGGAUGCUAGUAUUCCUGUUACAUUCACAAAGGACAAUAGAGUUCACAUUGGUCCAAAAAUGGAAAUUCGAGUUGUGACUCUAGGCCUUGAUGGAGCAGGAAAAACAACCAUUUUAUUUAAGUUAAAGCAGGAUGAAUUUAUGCAACCAAUCCCAACAAUUGGUUUUAAUGUUGAAACAGUUGAGUAUAAAAACUUGAAAUUUACUAUUUGGGAUGUUGGAGGCAAACACAAGCUGAGACCUCUGUGGAAGCAUUAUUACCUUAACACUCAAGCUGUAGUAUUUGUAAUAGACAGCAGCCACCGUGACCGAAUCACCGAGGCCCACAGUGAACUUGCAAAACUUCUUACAGAGAAGGAACUGCGUGACGCACUGCUAUUAAUAUUUGCCAAUAAACAGGAUGUUGCAGGUGCCCUAUCCGUGGAAGAAAUGACCGAGCUACUGAGCCUUCACAAACUGUGUUGUGGUCGCAGCUGGUAUAUCCAAGGUUGUGAUGCCCGCAGUGGUAUGGGGCUAUAUGAUGGCCUUGACUGGCUCUCCAGGCAGCUGGUAGCAGCUGGUGCUGGAUGUCGCCUA